GGCAGAAGGGAGCGGACGGGCGCCGGGCUGGCUGCGGUCCGUGUGGAGGCUGAGCCGGCCGCGGGCGCGACCGGAGGCAGUCCUGCUCUCUGUCCAUACAGUCAUUGCACUUCUGCUUUUAUGACUUGGAGAUUCUGGCUACGCUUCUCUAGAUUCUUCAGCGGUGCAGGAGACACGGUUCUGUUACUAUGGCAAUGACGGCAGGGACCACAACCACCUUUCCUAUGAGCAACCAUACCCGGGAAAGGGUGACUGUGGCCAAGCUCACGCUGGAGAAUUUUUACAGCAACCUAAUUUUACAGCAUGAAGAGAGAGAGACCAGGCAGAAGAAAUUAGAAGUGGCUAUGGAAGAAGAAGGAUUAGCAGAUGAAGAGAAAAAGCUACGCCGAUCACAACAUGCUCGCAAGGAAACAGAGUUCUUAAGGCUCAAGAGGACCAGGCUGGGCCUGGAUGACUUUGAGUCUCUGAAGGUUAUAGGAAGAGGAGCAUUCGGAGAGGUGCGGUUGGUCCAGAAGAAAGACACAGGCCAUAUCUAUGCAAUGAAGAUACUGAGAAAAGCUGACAUGCUUGAAAAAGAGCAGGUGGCCCAUAUCCGAGCAGAGAGAGAUAUUUUGGUAGAAGCAGAUGGUGCCUGGGUGGUGAAGAUGUUUUACAGUUUUCAAGAUAAGAGGAACCUAUAUCUGAUCAUGGAAUUUCUCCCUGGAGGUGACAUGAUGACGUUGCUAAUGAAGAAGGACACUCUGACGGAGGAGGAGACACAGUUCUACAUCUCAGAGACUGUGCUGGCAAUAGAUGCGAUCCACCAGCUGGGUUUCAUCCAUCGGGACAUUAAACCAGACAACCUCUUGUUGGAUGCCAAGGGUCAUGUGAAAUUAUCUGAUUUUGGUUUGUGCACGGGAUUAAAGAAAGCUCAUAGGACUGAAUUCUACAGAAAUCUUACACACAACCCCCCAAGUGACUUCUCAUUCCAGAACAUGAACUCAAAGAGGAAAGCAGAAACGUGGAAAAAGAACAGGAGACAACUGGCAUAUUCCACCGUUGGGACACCGGAUUACAUCGCUCCAGAAGUCUUCAUGCAGACUGGUUACAACAAAUUGUGUGACUGGUGGUCUUUGGGAGUAAUUAUGUACGAGAUGCUAAUAGGAUAUCCACCCUUCUGCUCUGAAACACCUCAAGAAACAUAUAGGAAAGUGAUGAACUGGAAAGAAACUCUGGUAUUUCCUCCAGAGGUGCCUAUAUCUGAGAAAGCCAAGGACUUAAUUCUUAGGUUUUGUAUUGAUUCUGAAAACAGAAUUGGAAAUAGUGGAGUAGAAGAAAUAAAAGGGCAUGCUUUUUUUGAGGGUGUAGACUGGGGGCACAUCAGGGAAAGGCCAGCAGCGAUCCCUAUAGAAAUCAAAAGCAUUGAUGACACAUCAAAUUUUGAUGACUUUCCUGAAUCUGAUAUUUUACAACCAGUGCCAAACAGCACAGAACCGGACUACAAAUCUAAAGACUGGGUUUUUCUCAAUUAUACCUACAAAAGGUUUGAAGGGUUGACUCAGCGUGGCUCUAUCCCCACCUACAUGAAAGCUGGGAAAUUAUGAAUGCAGGUCACCUUCGCUCACAACCAAGAGAACUCAGGUAGCUGCAUCACCAGGCUUGCUUGGCGUAGAUGACAAGACACUGAGUUGACGGCGGUGCUUCUGACUACAAGGGGAAAUUCUGCAGGACUAGGAUUUCUAAGACUACUACAGGAAUUGGUUGGCAGUGCCAGCUGGCUUUUUUUUUUUUUUUAAUAUUUUAUUGUUUUUGUUAACUUUAUUAUAUGAAGGUACUGGAAUAAAAGAAGCGUACAUCCCUUUCUAACCGCACUGCCUACAUGCGUAGUAGGGUCCAUUCUGCCUGUGCGUGCUGUGGCUUUGUACUGUAACACCUCUAAUCAAUUCAGGAGAAACACAUAUCAUUUAAAGCGGCGUAGGCUCACCUAUAGGUAACCCUGCAGUAUUGCUGUUAUACUGCAAAUCUUAUGGGUCUAGAUAAUCAAUAAAACAAAAGCCAUCUUCCAUAGUUGGUAUUAGAACACUUGCCCUGUGGGUUGGGACACCUGUAGAAUAUGUAUGAAGACAAUUUCUGUAAUGGUUUUAAGAAGUUUUAAAAUGGAAAUACACUGGUUAUUUAAAAAAUAGAGUUUAUCAUCAUGUUAUUCCACAAGCUCCACAGUAGGGAGUGACAAGUUUAUAAGAAGGAGGAAGUUUGACACCUUCACUCAAGCACUCCACUAAUAUAUUCACUUUGCAUUCAGAAAUACUGACGACUUUAUAUACGUAGUUGUAUACUCAUAGGGAAAUGUACUGUAUUAUAUAAAGUGUAAAGUUGCUUUUCUUGUGACAAAAGGACUUCUUUUUUAACCAGAGGACAUGGCAUUAUUUUAAUUUGAUUCUGGUGAGUUGAAUUUAAGAAAUGACCACGAAGGCUGCCUGUAGAACUAGCGUAUUUUUAUUAAACUAUUUUUUUAAAUGUCAAACUUCGGAUCAUGUAAAUGGACUUGUAGAGAACAAAGAGCUAUUUACUUUGGUUUUUCUAGAAAGUUGUUACAUAUCAUGGCUGGUUAACUUUGAUUUCUUUCGAAGAAAACCUUUCCUUUGAUAGCACUUGUAUUAUUGUGCCAUUAUUUUCCUAUGCUCCAAAUGUACCAAAGAUCCUGAACAGAGUGGAUGUUCACAAGUGAGGAGAGUCUCACUGUGCUGUGCGAACGCGGUCUUCAGACGUGGCCGACCUUUGAUGGAGGCCUGCGCAUUCAAGGGCAAUAGAGUUCGCGUUUAGCUACAUCGCUGUAGUUAAUGUAAAUGGAAUUAAGGAAGUACAUGCAGGCCCCGGGGGUCAUGAUUAGAGGAUAGGGAGAUGAUGUCAGCAUCAAAUUUUGGGGAUAUUUCCCUAAAAAAUAGUCUUUUCUAGCUCACCAUUUUAAUUUUAAAAUGACUCUCUGAGGUUUUGGUUUCAUCAAUACUAGUGGAGGAGUAACACUUGAUCAAAAAAUGGCCUAAUGUUUGUCUACUAAUUGGUAGAAUUUUUUUUUUUAAAGAUACAAUUACAGCCAUUACGAAUGGUCUGUGAUCCAAAUGUAAAAUGAUCAUUUAUUUGUACAGAUGUUCUUAAUGGGGAAGAAUUGCAUAGGAUCAUUAUGCAAAUCUACAAAAGCUUUUAUAAAUGUUGCUGCUUGCUAGGGAGCACCACAGGGUUGCGGUAAGGCCAUCCUGAGGUUUUGUUGCCCCCGCCCCAUUCUCCCCUUCCAAUCCUUCCCUUUCUCCCUUCCCUUCCCCUCUGCCCUCCUCCUCCCUCCUCUCCCUCCCUAGUGUUUGUUUGAUACUUAUUAUGUGUUCAUCUAAUAGCUCAUCUCCAUUUUUCUUGUUUGGAUCAUGUGGCUGCAUAUCUAGGAGAGAGAACUAUGAUAAUUCUGGGGUUAUCUCAAUUUGACUAACUCUGGGUUUUCUUACUAUAACUGCCUCUAAUUUUUAAAAAUCUUUAAAAUCUUUAAAAAACCUGCUCUAUUUUAUGAGAUUUUCUCAUUCCCCACCUUUAAAAAAAAAAAAAAGACUGUUUUGCUAGUGUGAUAGUGAAUGGGUUAAGUUACGAGCAUAUUGCAACAUCUAAUAUGGUAACUAUUCUAGUAUAAAAAAAUUUUCAUUAAUUCAAGUUAGAGAGAGAUUGAUAUAAAGGAGCUGAAUUACCUAGGUUUACCUUUUAAUUGAAUAAGAAUAGAGCAUUUUUUAUUUCCAUCUCCUUAUUCUUAUUAAUAAGAAGAACGUGGGGAUAGUUAUGGUUGCUUGGCAAUGGAAGGGCAGUUAUGGAAAGUUUGCUUUGUCUGGAGUCUCAUCUUUCCCUGGAGUUAACAGAGUGAUUCAUAAUCUUUGGGGUUUCCUCCUCAUCAAAAGCAUUUCUUAAGUGCCUAUCUAAAAGCAAUUAAGGACCGUGUCUGCCCUUUGGAAGCUGAGAAUUUGAUUCAUGAUGCAAAUUAGCUAGAUAAUUUGCAGAACACCCCUGAGACUGAAUUUUCUCUAUAAUAUACUUCCUGUACUUCAGGUGAACCAUUUAAUUUAAAUGACAAAACCCUAUCCAAUCAACUGAGCAUAAUGACGUUUUCUUUAAAUUAGACUCUAUUUUGAAUUAAAGAGUUUUGUUAUAAACUGUGUGUUUUUGGUUUUUCUAAGUAUAUAGAAAGCUUGUAUAAUUCAGAUUUAUUGAUUUCCUGAUUUAAUGUAGAUUUUGACUUUUUUAUUAAAAAAAACCUUUGUAUUAAAGCAAGUUAUGUUAUUUUUCUUUUAUUCUUUUCUUAUUAACAUAGCUUUAAAUCUUUAAAUUUGUUGAAGCAGCAUGCUGCCUGAAAAUAGGGGAUUUCUUAUACAUCAGCCUUUUCUGAAUGGAACAUAUAGCUGAUUUAAUAAGCUAUAAGUUGAAUGGAAAAUAACACGUGUGGAAUAUUCAAAACUGUCUUUGGUUGCUAAGGCUUAAGAUAGGGUCUCGUUUAUUUCUAUAAUGGCAUACUUUUUCUGUUUUUUAAACACCAGCGUAUCUUUGUGUAAAUCUGUAAAUCUUAAAAUAUUUUUAAGUACAUUUAUUUUUGGCGUUUUAUUGUAGAAAACCUUUAGACAAUCAAUCAAUCCGUAUCUUCUGGUAGGAGAAAUACGUAUCCAUCUUUCAGUGAUCUACAAACAAAUGAAUUGGGAUUUAAUCCUUAGAGAGGUCCCUGGGUAAUAAGCACGUUCUCUCUUGGAAUUGCUAAGAUUCAGAACGUUCAAAGUAACUGUUUUGCUACAACCAUGAUUAUUUCCUCUUGUCUUUAUCUAAAUUUUACGUUCUCUGUAGAAGUGCACUUAUUUCUGGAAAAUUUUAAUGAAACACACUUGGAACAAAUAUAAAUACAAGACACUUGGGACUACUGAAGAUAUUUUAGAUUUUUAUGGACAAAAUGUGAGGCAGAUAUUGCUGCUUUAAAAAGGACUGAAGUAAUAAAAAUAGAUCUUAGUUAUUUUUUAAAAAGCAAUAUAAAUUAUUCAGCAGUUGUCUGGAAAAAUAACCAUCAGGCUAUGGAGUUCUGUGUUCAGUUACUGAGUUUCAAAAAAAUGUUUUGGUGGCAUGAGGCCUUUUUCAUUGAAGGUAAGAAAAGAAUAAAAACUAUGUUUAUAAUA